GUCGACUAUUGACCUACAGAUAAAGAGUUUUAUCACAGUAACCAACUCGGCAACAAGCGAUGCCACUCUUCGCCACAAAAUCGACACAAAUCCUCUCCUUGUGCAAGAAAGUUGCUAGUUUUCACAGAAUGUCCACCUCGACAGGCGAAUUUUUGAUCAACGACCCCAAAUACUCGUUCUUGAAGGACCUGGGGCUCAAGGCCACGAACCUCGGGGUGUACGACGGCAGCUGGAAAGGAUCCGGUGACUCAGUCCAGUCGAUUUGCCCCAGCAAUGGAAAAGUCAUCGCGGAGGUCAAACAAGGCACCGUUGAUGACUACCAGUCGUGUGUGAAAGCCUCUGAGGAAGCUUGGAGCGUCUGGGCUGAGCUUCCAGCCCCUAAAAGGGGCGAAAUCGUCCGACAAAUCGGGGAUGCCCUCAGGAACAAACUCCAACCCCUCGGGAAACUCGUGUCGGUCGAAAUGGGGAAGAUUCUUCCAGAAGGAGUCGGCGAGGUUCAAGAAUAUAUUGACAUUUGUGACUACGCCGUCGGUCUUUCCCGGACUCUAGCCGGUGCGAUUUACCCGUCGGAGCGCCCCGGCCACGUCCUCAUGGAAAAGUGGAACCCUCUGGGGGUCAUCGGAGUCAUUUCGGCCUUCAACUUCCCCAUAGCCGUGUACGGGUGGAACAGCGCCAUCGCCAUGGUCUGUGGAGACGCUGUCCUGUGGAAAGGCUCUGAAACCACCCCCUUGGUGUCGGUGGCCACCACCAAAAUCGUCUCCGAAGUGCUCGAAAGAAACCACCUCCCAGGAGCCAUCGCUACUCUCUGCUGCGGCGGCGCCGACGUCGGAAAAGCCAUGGCAGCCGACCCCAGAAUCAAACUCUUAAGCUUCACCGGAAGCUCCGCCGUGGGUCACAACGUAGGCGUGGAAGUCCAGAAACGUUUCGGCAAACAUCUUCUGGAACUGGGUGGAAACAACGCGCUGAUUGUGGCUGAAGACGCCGACGUGGACAUGGUGGUGCAGGCGACGGUGUUCGCGUGCGUGGGGACGGCGGGGCAGAGGUGCACCACCACCAGGAGACUAAUUCUGCACAAAUCCGUCCACGACGAAGUCCUCCAGCGCUUGAAAAAAGCCUACGAACAAGUCGUCCACCGAAUUGGAGACCCCUUAGACGACAAAACCCUAAUCGGCCCCCUCCACAGCCCCCUGUCUUUGCAAAACUACGAAAACACGAUCACCGAAAUCGUAAAACAAGGAGGACGGAUUGAGUUUGGGGGAAAAAAAAUCGCAAGGGAUGGCUUUUUCGUCCAACCCACUAUCGUGACGGGGCUUCCUCACGACAGCCCCCUUGUCCACAACGAGUGCUUCGCCCCCAUUGUCUACGUCCUGAAGACGGAGAGCGUCGACGAAGCUAUCGCUUGGAAUAACGAGGUGCCGCAAGGGUUGUCGUCGAGUAUUUUCACCCAGAGUAUUGGGAACAUCUUCAAGUGGAUUGGUCCCAAGGGCUCGGACUGCGGGAUUGUUAAUGUGAAUAUUCCGACGUCGGGGGCGGAGAUUGGGGGCGCGUUUGGAGGAGAGAAGCAUACGGGAGGGGGGAGGGAGUCGGGGAGUGAUGCGUGGAAGCAGUACAUGAGGAGGGCUACGAUUACGAUUAAUCAUUCGAAGGAGUUGCCGCUAGCGCAGGGGAUUAAGUUUGAAUAAAUGGUGCUAAAUAGUU